AGAUCAAAUGAUGCUGUUUGGAAAUAUCUCCGGGAAGUUCUAUGGCUUAAAGAAACUCCCUUGGUCAUGUGACUCCAGAUCCUUCUGGGGCUGGUUGAAUACAGUAUUCAACAAAGUAGAUUAUGAACGCAUCAGAGAUGUUGGCCCAGACAGGGCAGCAUCUGAGUGGCUGCUGCGCUGUGGGGCCAUGGUGCGAUAUCACGGCCAGGAGAGGUGGCAGAAGGACUACAAUAACCUCCCAACAGGCCCUCUGGACAAAUACAAGAUUCAGGCAAUCGAUGCCACCAGCUCCUGUAUCAUGAACAUUGGAUUUGAUCACAUGAAGGGCCUACAGCAUGUUGAAAAAAUAAAACUAUGCAAGUGUCACUAUAUCGAGGACAACUGUUUACAGAUGCUCAGUCAAUUUGAAAAUUUACAAAAAAGCAUCUUGGAAAUGGAAAUUAUUUCCUGUGGGAAUGUCACAGAGAAAGGCAUCAUUGCUUUGCAUCAUUUAAGAAACCUCAAGUAUUUGUUGUUAUGUGAUCUUCCUGGAAUAAAAGAAAAAGAAAAGAUUGUCCAAACCUUUCAGAUAGCACUGCCUUCUCUGAAGCUAGAAUUAGAAUUGAAGUAA